ACGGACACUCCAAGCAAUUAAUGCACGUGUCAUAAUUGCCCGACCGAAGUCUCCCACUCCCCCACUCUCCACUUCCCGUCCACUGGAACAACGGCAACUCGGGCUCAACUCGGUUUCGACUCGGACUCGACUCAGACUCGGACUCCAAGACCCAUGGGGAGCGCCCGAGACCGAGACGACUCACUCGCAUUCACCAACCCAUCCAAGUCCUCCUCGCCAAUCGUCAUCUCCGAAGCGCUCGAAAGCUUCCUCUCCGACCCCAAUUCCCACAUCGGCAGCGCCUCCGGGAGCUUCCAGAACGAGGGUCUCCUCGCCGACACCAGCGGAAGCUGCAGCGACGCCGAGUUCGGGUUCUCCCGGCCCGAGUUCCGGACGAGCCAACUCGCAGGGACGGUGGAGUUUUACCAAAGGCAUGUGUUUUUGUGCUACAAGAACCCGCAGGUUUGGCCGCCGAGGAUCGAGGCCGCCGAGUUUGAUCGGCUGCCGAGGUUGCUCUACUCCGCCGUCAUGGCCAGGAGGGGAGAUAUGAAGAAAGAGACCCGCUUAACAAUAUGUGAAGGACAUGAUGGAACUGAAACAUCAAAUGGCGAUGUAUUAAUUUUCCCCGACAUGAUCCGAUACAGGAGAUUGACCCAUUUUGAUGUUGAUACAUUUGUUGAAGAAGUUCUUGUGAAGGAUGGUGAGUGGCUGCCUGGAACUCCUGAAACUCUGAAGGGGUCAUAUGUUUUUGUAUGUUCUCAUGGGUCCCGGGAUCGCCGUUGUGGUGUCUGUGGACCUCCCCUGAUCAAUAGAUUUAGAGAAGAGGUAGAAUUACAUGGUCUUCAGGGUAAAGUGUCCGUUAGCCCAUGUUCGCACAUUGGGGGGCAUAAAUAUGCUGGAAAUGUUAUCAUGUUUGGAUCAAAUUGCAACAGAAAAGUAUCUGGCCACUGGUAUGGAUAUGUUGCUCCAGAAGAUGUACCUGUAUUGCUUGAACAGCAUGUCGGGAAAGGAGAAAUUGUAGACUGGCUAUGGAGGGGCCAGAUGGGUUUAUCAGAAGAACAGCAGAAGGAAUCUCAAGAACGAAGGCUCCAGCUUAAUGGUGAGACAAAUGUGGGAAAAACCACUACAGAGUUGACACAACCAAAGGAAAGGGGGAUGAAUACUAGUGUAUGUAGAUCGCAAAUCGAGAUUGGGGGCUGUUGCCAGGAAAACGGAAACUCUUGCUGUCAGAAUGCUACGCUAAUGGAAAACAUAAAUAGUCCCGACCUGAAUGAGAUUGCAGCGAAGCCAACAGCAGCCGAAAAGAAAAAAAGCAGUAGGAAACCACUCUCACGAAUGAAUAGUGGCAAAGGGGCAUCCACGCGCAAGGUGUGUGCGGUGCCAACAUGGUUUCAGACCUGGGAGCGUGAAGAUACAUACGCAGCUGUAGCUGUUGUUUGUGCCGCUGUGUCAGUUGCCGUUGCUUACAAGUGCUACAAACAGUUGAGCUGAAACCGUGGAUCCAAUCUGCGUUGUUUGAUCAUGUUACAGGUUAUUGUCAACCCUCGAAAUUUAACAUUUCGCUUCUAGUUCUAACCGUGAGGCCCCUACGGAAGGAUCUGUAUUGUGCUUACAGAAGGGGAAGGGAUUUGGAUACGUUCGUGCAUGUGUAAGAACACUCUGGCGGGCGGGCGGGCGGGAUACUCGAAUUAUCUUUGUUUUGGAUAUAAUUUGUACCUGUGCAUAUAUAUCAACAAUUUGUAACCCAAUCCAUAUAUUGACAACAUCUUUCGUAUGGUAUUUUGGAUGCUCAUCAA